AGGUCACUGGGGUCAUGUCAAUUGCGGAAGUGAACAACAUUGAACACCAGCCAAAAAUUCUGUUGCGACCGGCUUCAAAUUUUGGAUGUUUACUUCUUUUUACUGCUCUUUGUAAAUGUGUCACAGCUAACGGAGGCAAAAAUGGUGGAGGCCGUAGUGACCUUUGAUUAUGACGCAGCGCAGGACGAUGAACUGACCAUUAAGGAGGGUCAGAUCAUCACCAACAUCACGAUGAUGGAGGACGGAUGGUGGGAGGGGGAAGUCAACGGUCAGAGGGGAUUGUUCCCUGACAACUUUGUGGAGCCCAUCAAGAAAGAGAAGCCCCCGUCAGUCAAGGGACGAGCGCCCUCCCCACCCCCUGCGACCCGAGAGCCCUCCCCACCCCCUGCGGCCCGAGCCCCCUCCCCACCCCGUGCGGCCGUCAAUGGCGACUCACAGGAAGUCCCAAAGAGAGAGGGCUCAGAGAAGCCGAAAAAGCUGCGGGCCAAAGUGGUGUACAGCUACCAUCCAUCGAAUGACGACGAGAUCAGCCUGGCCGUCAAUGACAUCAUCGACGUGACCGGCCAACCAGAAGACGGCUGGUGGGAGGGGAUGCUGAGGGGACAUAAAGGGAUGUUCCCUUCCAACUUUGUGGAGAUCCUCGAGGGGGACGGGGAGGCGGGAUCAACACAUGAGGCUUUACCGAAAGAUGAGCCACCACCGAUACCAUCGGAGCCUCCCAAACAAAAGCAAAAAAUCAAAGGCGUCGGUUUCGGCAACAUCUUUGCUGGAGGUGAAGUGAAGUUGAGAAAAACGGCCGGGAAUUCACCAGCAGACAGUAACAGAAAGGAGCAUUCCAAAUCUACCGCUCAGAGUGAACUAGCACAGAAAAGGCUAUCUUUGAAAAAAGCCGAGCCCGUUCCGACCCCAACAUCAUCCACCAAUGCGGACGCAAAAGCAAAAGAAGAGCCAAAGAAGGAGAGCAAAGCAGAAGUCAAGAAGGAGGAGAAGAAAGAUGCCAAGCCAGCAGAGGAGGAAGAAUAUGAAGAAAUUGUCAAAGAAAGGGCAAAGGUCACCUACCCUUAUGAGGCUCAGCACGCGGACGAGUUGGAACUGAAAGACGGCGACGUCGUGACGGUCCUUGACAAGCAGGCGGGAGACAGUGGAUGGUGGUACGGUGAGGUGGACGGAAGGAAGGGGCUCUUCCCCGAUAACUUUGUCAAGAUGCUGCCCCCGGAAAAAGAGAAAGUAAAGAAAAAGAGUCCAGCACCCUUGCCAGCAAGACCAGCCUCAGGACCCAAAGUCAUCCCCACAGAGACCAAACCAGCUCCUCCCAAGACCAUGCCGGCCAAACCUCCUCCCCCGCCCACUGACAGUCCUGCAGCAGUCCAUGCCCCGCCACGCAGGCCGUCGGCCGACACGGUCAACAAUGCACAACCGAAAAUGGUACCGCAAGCCCGCAAACCCCACCCUAUCGCUGCACCCAAACCGCCAAAGAAGGUAUUACCUGUUCCUCCAAAGAAACCGGGUGUGAAACCCAAGGCCCCGCCUCCGAAGCCAGCUGUGCAUCCUUCGGAACGUGAAGAAGCCACGCCCCCAGUCAUCUUAAGGCAUCAGCCGCCAGUAGAAAAGAAAGAAAACACAGAAGGAGGCUUUGAAGACCUCAAAACUGACAGCGGUCAGAAACUCACUCACAUCACGCUAUCCCGGCCCAAGAAUGCCAAUCGAAGACCGCCCUCGGUGUUCGGUGGUCAGGGCGGAAAUCUGAGCGAGGCGAGACUCAAAGCACUGCCGCAUGAUGAGAAAGCCGAUACCCCCGCCGUUCCCGUUGCCAAGUCAACCACUGUAGUCACCUCACCGACUAGUCCUACUAACGCUAGCCAACCCCCCUGGGUUAGGGAGCUGAAGUCCCGCUCACUAAAGCGGCCGCCCUCUUUGGCCAAAGAACCCCAGCAGCCCGUCGAAAAUGGCAGCGCAGUACCUCCACCCCGGCCCAAGUCUUCCCCGAUUGGCCCCACGGCGGUGGUGGUGCCAGCACCAGCCCCAUCAGCAGCCACACCUACCCAGGCCCAGCCACCGGCAGCCAAGGCGCCGGCAGAGCCCAGCCCCGCACAGAGCCCGGCAGGAAGCAGGCCUACGAGUCUAGCUUCUGACGCGGCUAUCAACGCUACCAAUGCACAGGUGGAGGAACUCAAGAAAGAAGUGAAAUCCCUCCAGGAGCAGCUGUCCAGUAUAAGGUCAGAGUUCAAGAAGGAGGUCGUGAACCUGAUGACAGAGCUGGAUGAGGAGAAGAAGCACAGGAUGGCCAUGCAGGUGGAGUUGGAUCGUCUCAAGAAACUGGUCCUGGAGAAAUAGUGGAUGUUGAAAAUCCUGAACA